AUGGAGCUGGUGGCGGGGGCGAUGGGGAGCCUGCUCCCCAAGCUGGGCGAGCUGCUCAAGGAGGAGUACGGCCUGCAAAAGGGCGUGAAGAAGAAGAUCGAGUCUCUCUCACGGGAGCUCACGGUGGUGCACGCCGUCCUCCGCAAGAUCGGCGAUGUUCCACCGGACCAGCUCGACGAGCUGGUCAGGCUCUGGGCGAGUGAAGUCAGGGAGGCAUCCUACGAUAUGGAAGACAUCGUCGACACAUUCCUGGUGCGCGUUGAAGACCCUAACGAGGCUACUGAGCCACACAUGCUCCGGCGCCUCCGGAAAAAGGUGGGCAGGCUGUUCAAGAAGAGCAAGGCUCGCCGCAAGAUCUCUAGCCUAAUAGAUGACAUCAACGAGAAGCUUGAGGAGGUGGCAACAAGGCGAGGCAGGUACACACUUGACAACAUUGUCGCCAGCCCUGUAGCUGCAAACACCAUCGACCCUCGCAUCCUGAAUCUAUACAAAAGGGCGACCGAGCUUGUUGGCAUUGAGGGACCAAGGGACGAGCUCAUAAAUAUGCUGUCCCUAGGGGAUGGCGACGUGGAUCUGUCUAGUACUACAAAGAUGAAGAUCCUCUCUGUCGUUGGAUCUGGAGGGCUAGGCAAGACCACUCUUGCCAAAGCUGUCUAUGACCACCUCAAACCGCGCUUCGAGUGCCGGGCUUUUGUUCCAGUGGGUCAGAAUCCUGAUGUCAAGAAAGUCUUCGGAGACAUUCUCAUAGCCCUUGAUGAACAAACUUACACUCGUCCCAAAUUAACGGGUUUGGAUGAAAAUCAGCUCAUGGGCAAACUCAACGAAUUCGUCAAGGAAAAGAGGUAUUUGAUUGUUAUUGAUGAUAUAUGGGACAAGAAGACCUGGAAAUUAGUCAGAUGUGCUCUGCAAGAAAGUAAUUGUGGAAGUAGACUUGUGAUCACUACACGCAUUUCUGAAGUUGCCGCAUAUGCUGAUGAACCUUACAAAAUACAACCACUUUCUCAUGAUAACUCUGAAAAAUUAUUGUACGCAAGAAUAGUUGACAGUGAAGGGAAGUAUUUCGAUAGUCUUUCGGCUGAGACAUGUGAAAGAAUUUUGAAGAAAUGUGGCGGCGUGCCACUUGCUAUCAUUACAUUAGCCAGUUUGUUGGCUAGUAAACCAGGAGAGGACUGGUCUGAGGUCUACAACUCAAUUGGUUUUGGGCAUAAAGGCAAUGAUGACGUAGAUAAUACCAGAAGGAUAUUGUCUUUUAGCUACUAUGAUCUGCCUUCACAUCUGAAGGCUUGCUUAUUGUAUCUAAGCGUAUUUCCGGAAGAUAGUAUCAUAGAGAAAAAUAGUUUGAUAUGGAUGUGGAUAGCUGAAGGUUUCAUCUCUGAGGAACAAGGAGCAGAUGCAGGGGGAAAAAUUUUUGUCACUGUAUUGAAUGGUGGUGAGCGACAGAAACUUCAGGGGAGCAUUUCUCGCAGGUUAGCCCUACAGUGUGUUGAAGAGCACAACGUUGGCCAGCUGGCUAACAUCGCUGUGGAGAAAGUGAGAUCCAUUUUUGCCAGUGAGUGUGAUUUUUGUGCAUUAUGCCCACGCCUCCCAUAUUUACGUGUAGUAGAAAUGGUAGGAUGUUCUGUUUUCCACGAAGACUGCAUCGAAGAUGUGUCGGAGAAUCAUCUUGUGAGUUUACUUCACUUGAGGUACCUCAGACUAGAGAAUAUCAAAAAGCUGCCCGAGGUAGGAUAUUUGAGGUUUCUGCAAACACUGGAUUUACGGGACAACUACAUGAAGGAGCUGCCCGAGGAGGUGGGACUUCUGACGCAACUUGUUUGCCUACGAUGUAGUUACCUGACAAGAGUGCCGGCUGGUUUGAUCGGUAAGCUGACAUCAUUGCAAGAGCUAUGUAUAUCGUGUGGAGGUGAAGGUGCUAUAAUAAUGCAGUUUGUGAAGGAGCUGGGCCUGCUGAGGGAACUGAGGGUGCUCCAGGCUAAUAUUCGUGCUAGGGUCAGUGAGAGCAUCGGGAGUGCUUUGCUGGACUCCCUGGGCCAUCUGCACAAUAUCCAGGAACUUGAAAUUUUGGUAUACUACUCUCCAAAUAAGGUCUGGGUGAGCAGCGAUGCAGGACGGUUCUCCUGUCGGCAUCUCCGGGUCCUGCGUUUGCACUGCUUUGGGUUUUCUGGACUGCCAGUGUGGAUUAACUCGUCGCUUGCUCCAAACCUAUGCUAUCUGGAUCUGCUAGUGGUAGCUGUGGAAGACCACGACAUGGAAACCCUUGCCAAGUUGCCAGAGCUUAGUUGCCUCAUACUGCAUUUGACUGGCACCAAAUUAGUUAGCAUAAAGCUUCGUGCUGAAGGUGUUGGCUACUUCCGCAAGUUGAGAUCCUUAAAGAUACUCGGUUCAUUUAUCAGGUUUGAUGUGUGCGGCGGCGAGUGCAACAGCAGCAGGGUACCAUCUAAUAAUACUAUCAUGCCAGGUCUUGAAUCCCUUGAGUUUGGUGUCCAUGUGCGGUCCCUAAAAGACGAGAAGCUGCAGCUUGGUUUUGACAAGAUGCUUGGCUUCCAGAACCUCGGAACAAGUUCGCUCCAGCGAGUCAAAGCCGAAGUGAACUGUCAAGGUGCCACUAUUUGGAAUGUGAAGGAAGCAGAGGCUGCAUUGAAGCACGCGGCCGCAGUCCAUCCAAAACAUCCCACUCUUCUAACCAACAGGGUAGAAUCACAAUAUAUGAUCGAGAUCUCACGCUACCAAAAGGCAUGUAUGGAAAUGAGCAAAGCCCCUGAGUUAGUAACCAAGGCCUGGAAGUUGGCAGACAUCGUUGGCUCAGGACAAAUUCAAAUUCUGCGUAUGCCAGAUCCGACGGCAUCUUCAAGCAAAGUUAUGCGCUUGUUGUACACAGAUAAUGGGCUGGCACUUUUGGCUCUCAGCUCCAAUGAUGUUCAUAAGCUGUGGAAAUGGGAGCAUAGGGACAAGAAUCCACGUGGCAAGUCAUCCAAAUUUGUUCCACCUGUACUAUGGCAACCGAAAAAUGGAAUUCCAAUGACAAACGACACCAUUGAUGGCAAUGACCCUAAAGAAGCAACAGCCUGCACUGCACUAUCCAAAAAGGACCACUAUCUAAUUUCUGCUUCUGGUGGCAAAGUCUCAUUGUUCAACAUGAUGACAUUCAAGGUCAUGACUACUUUCAUGGCACCUCCACCUGCUGCAACUUUCCUUGCAAUCUACCCGUUUGACAAUAACAUCAUAGCUAUUGGAAGGGAGGACUCUUCAAUUCAAAUCUACAAUGUCCGUAUAGGCGAAGUUAAAAUUGUGCUCACGGGUCAUCACAAAAAGAUAACUGGACUAGCAUUUUCGCAAUCAAUGGACAUGCUUGUAUCUUCAGGUGCUGAUGCUCAGCUAUGUGUUUGGAGCAUUGAUGGUUGGGAAAAGAAGAAAUCAAGAUACAUCAAACGUCCAUCUAAUGGUUCCAGUGCUUUAGUUGGUGAUACAGUGGUGCAGUUUCACUAUGAUGGAAGGCAUCUUUUAGUAGUUCAUGAGAGUCAGUUGGCGAUCUAUGAUUGGCAAUUGGAAUGCUUGUGCUCAUGGUUCCCAAGAGAUGCACCCCCUUCCCCAAUUUCAAGUGCGGUAUACUCACUUGGUUGUUUGUUGGUCUAUGCUGGAUUUCGUGAUGGUGCAAUUGGAAUAUUCGAUGUAGAAUCUCUUACGUUAAAGUGCAGGAUAGCACCCUCUGCCUACAUACCAUCUUCAAUAUCCAGGGAUGGUGAAACUGUCUAUCCCACAGUUGUCGCUAGGCAUCCGUGGAAGCCAAACCAGAUUGUAGUGGGCAUGAGCGAUGGUGCAGUUCUUGUGCUGGAGCCGUUGGAUACAGACGACGUACAAGUGGGGUGGGACGUCACCUCAGAACAACAUCCAUCCCGUGAUGUCAGCAGUACCAGACUCAGUUAA